CUUCACUUCUGAUCUCCCGAGUCCCAGAUCUCUCUCAGCCGUCCUUCAUCCUCUUGAUUCGGACUCUGGCGGCUCUCUUUGCUGUCACUCUCUCCCCGGUGAUUGAGCGAUUGUCAUUCAUUUGUCCAUACGCGCCCAGGGAAUAGCUGAAUACCAGCUACCCAGAGCUCUGGCUUGCGACGAGUGAGACAUACUGUACUGGCACAUUAUUCAUUGCUUUUUCCACCGACCCCUUCGUCCUUGAUCAUUUGAUUCUCAAUCUACAAUGGCGUAUACGGAUGAUGCUGUGAAAGCAAAGCUUUCGGCCCUCAACGAGACACAGGAGGGUAUUGUCACGGUUGCGCAAUGGGUUAUGUUUCACAGGAGACAUGCCGAACGUACCGCGCAACUCUGGCUGCAAAAGCUCCGCGAUUCGCCAGCCCCGAAAAGAUUGAACCUGAUAUAUCUAGCGAAUGAGGUCGCGCAACAAUCAAGAGCGCGGCGAAAGGAAGACUUUCUCAUCGCGUUUUCGCCGAUCAUUGCAGAGGCCACAGCCACUGCGUACAAGGGCUCCUCAAAUGACAUCCAACAGAAGAUUCGUCGGGUGGUCGAAGUGUGGAGGCAGAGAGGGAUCUUCGAGAUUCCGAUCCAAGAUGCCGUCGAGGCUCGAGUGGACGAAAUCGACAAAUCGCGCUCGACCGGUAAGAAGCCAUUGCUAGGAGGAUCACUCUUCUCGACUUCGUCGGGCUCAACACCGUCUGAACUCCAACCUCUGGUUCCCCUGCAGGUAGCCCUCUCCAAAGCUACAGUGGCUUCCGCCGCGUCGGCCACAGCAGCCAAUGCGGAGUAUGAUAAGAUGCACGAUCCCAGCACGCCGUUGCCCACACCUCCAGUGCACGCCGCACGGCUCAGCCAGCUGCUGAAAGCGCUUGCAAACGCCGAGAGCUCUGUCUCAGAGGUCAUCAAGUCCCGCCUUGCGCUCAUCGACGGCUUGGAGAAGCUUCUUGAAACCAAUCGCUCGGCCCUGUCGAAGGAGCAAUCUAUGGCCACGCAGCUGGCGGAGAGAAAGGCGGAGACGGAAGUGACAAAGCGAGAUGUUGAGGAUGGGAUCAUGCGGGGACUGUCUGCUGAAAAUUCGCCCGCGAUCAAUCAUGGAGAGAUCGGAAUGGAGGCAGAAUCCGCUGCCCGUCCUGAGGUCGAGGCUCUCACUCCUCCGCCCGUGGAGGCCCUUACCCCUGUUGGCUCUCCCAAACAGGAGGCCCAAGAUGCGAACUUCGCUGCAGCAACCACUCAACCCCAAGUGCUGGGUGGCUUCACUCUGCCAGGAUUCGGACACACCGCCAAUCCUUUUUCUGCGUCAGACAUGCCUCAUGUGGCAUUGGAUGAGAACCAGCUGGAUGGCUCCAACGGGCUGCACGCCAAAAAGCGCAAGGUCACCCAUGAAGAGGAAGACUAUGCGCAGUUUGCAAGCGGUGAUCUGGAUGCCGAUGUUGCUGAGCUCCUGAAACAAGAGGGUGAUGCUCAGCAGUAGAGCCAUGUCCAUGCACCGCACGGGCGACACCAUAUGCCCAAAACAUUUCUUUGAUUCCCUUUGAUCCGAAUAUUUUUCCAUUUAUCUGCUCGGUCUGUAGUUAUUUCAUUCCUGGCAGGGGGGCACAGCCAUCCUUGCUUGUUACGAUAAUGGCUGGAUAUCCAAUGUCUAUGAAUCAGGAAUAUUUCUUUGUUUUUCUAAAUCUGAUGUCCGUUGGACAAGUAGCAAAUCCCCAAUCAAUUGAUC